GUGUGUCUACUUGUGACAGAAUGCUUUCGUAAUGCUUUUAUAAUCGAUUCUGUGGAUCAACUUGUAUUUGAUUUCGCCGCGGUAAUUAUUAUUGUCACUAUAUUGUGGUCCAGUGUAUCGAUGGGGCCAUGAGAGCUAUUUUCUAUUGUUCCUCGAUGGACAUGUACAUGUACUUGCACUCGUGAUUUUACCGUGCGGUCCCAUUCAUUGGAUUUCAUGUUGAUAUCUUCAAGUAGUUGAGUUUGGAUGAUAUACAUACAAGGCCCUCGUCAGGCUCAUGAUUUGUGAGCAAUUGAGUUACCACCCUAGGCAGGAAACUUCAAGAAAUAUGACUUAAGAAAUAUUUGAAGAAAAUGUUCCACAAUGUAGACUCACGGUAUGGAUGUGAUGAUUAGGUUAUGGCGGAAAUUGAUCGAUCCACACUUCCAUAUUGCACGAGAAUGUAUCAAAUCGGCAAUAUUAGACAACGAUUUCAUGAAGAAUCUGGAAUCAUCCCAAAUUCAGGAGAUCGUCGACUGCAUGUACCCUGUGGAGUACAGCAAAAGCAGCUGCAUUAUCAAAGAGGGAGAUGUAGGCUCGUUAGUGUACGUUAUGGAAGAGGGCAAGGUGGAGGUUACAAAAGAAGGAAAAUUCCUCACCACCAUGGGUCCAGGAAAGGUGUUUGGAGAACUGGCCAUUCUUUACAACUGUACCAGGACAGCUACCGUCAAAGCUGUAACUAACACAAAGCUAUGGGCUAUAGACAGACCGUGCUUCCAGGCCAUCAUGAUGAAGACGAGUUUAGUUAGACAAGCAGACUACGUCGAGUUGAUACGAAGGGUACCAACCUUUCACCUUCUACCAGAUGAAACGCUCAACAAAAUAGUAGAUGUUGUAGAUGAGACCUAUUUUGAUGAAGGUGAUUACAUCGUUAGGCAAGGUGCAACAGGGGAUACAAUGUAUAUCAUUAGUAAAGGAAAGUGUCAAGUUAUGCAGAAGACAAUGUCUGGUCAAAUUAAGAACACGAAGCUGCUAGAAAAGGGGGACUUCUUCGGGCAGUCGGCAUUAGAAGGCGAUGAAAUUAUCAGAGAAGCAACAGUAAUAGCAGCGGACUCCACCGGUGUCGUUUGCCUUGCAUUAGACAGGGAAGCCUUCCUUCAAGUCGCAGGUGGUCUAGACUCAAUCAUCAAGAACAAAUUAGAAGAUAACGCCAAGAGUAGAAUCGAGUCUGAAUUUGCUAAUCUUCAACUUAGUGAUGUUCAUAUAGUAGCAACUUUAGGAGUUGGUGGCUUUGGCCGUGUAGAACUGGUGAGGAUAGAUGGUUGUAAUCAAACAUAUGCCUGGAAGCAACUAAAGAAGAGACAUAUUGUAGAAACGAGGCAACAAGAACAUAUCAUGUCAGAAAAGAGAAUUAUGCUGGAAGCAAGAUGUGAUUUCAUUGUCAGACUCUAUUGUACUUUCAAAGAUAAUAAAUAUCUGUAUAUGCUGCUAGAAGCUUGUCUUGGUGGGGAGCUUUGGACCAUACUCAGGGAUAAAGGGUCCUUUGAUGAUGGUACGACACGCUUCUACACGGCGUGUGUGACGGAGGCUCUUUCGUAUCUCCACGCCAAGGGCAUCGUCUACAGAGAUCUCAAACCGGAGAAUAUUCUACUAGACACCAAAGGAUAUGGAAAACUGGUUGACUUUGGGUUUGCUAAGAGGAUAGGACACGGAAGGAAAACCUGGACAUUCUGUGGUACACCAGAGUAUGUUGCUCCUGAAAUCAUCCUGAACAGGGGUCACGACUUCUCAGCUGACUACUGGUCCCUGGGAAUCCUCAUGUUUGAGCUUCUCACUGGCAGCCCUCCUUUCACCGGGUCGGAUCCCAUGAAGACAUACAACAUCAUCCUGAAGGGAAUAGACAUGAUUGAAUUUCCAAGGAAGAUAACACGCAAUGCUGCUAACAUGAUCAAGAGACUAUGCAAAGACAAUCCUACAGAGAGACUAGGGUACCAGAAGAAUGGCCUCAAGGACAUCCAGAAACACAAAUGGUUCGAUGGCUUCAACUGGGAAGGCCUAAGGAAAAGAAGUCUAACGCCCCCUAUUGUUCCUAAGGUGCGGUCAACAUCAGACACUUCAAACUUUGACGAUUAUCCUCCCGACAAUGAACCACCACCCGAGGACGAUACGUCGGGUUGGGACAAAGACUUCUGAGGACGGGGUUUCCGUCGUGGACCGUUUCCAAGUGGACAACCUGUCUACAGAUGAAGAUCUGAGAGGAUUGGAGUGGAUUUCAGCUGAGAGAGCAAGAGAGAGAGGGAAGGAACAAGAGAGACAUAGAGAAAGAGGAAGAGAGAGGGCUAAGUCCAUGAAGACUGAACGAUUGCUGGUUUGCCGCAGCACCAACUUUUUUCAUGGGGAAAAAUUAUUAAGGAAUGGAGAUCAAAAAGGGCAGAAAGGGUAGUAGGGCUAUAUCUAAGCUUUUGAGUGAAGCAGUCUAUCUUAUUCAAGAAGUGAAAUCCUCGGAGGAGAAACACAUUUGAAUCAGUUCAAAGAAAAAGAGGCUCAUGUUUUGAGCUAGAAAUGUAAAAAAAAAGUAUAGGAGAAGUUGCUAACAGAGAGUUGAUGUGCUGUGAUUGUGUGAUUGGGUACGUAUAGAAGACUACUUCGUGCGUCCCAGGAUGUUCUGUGCACUGUGGAACACAAGAUGUACGUUCUUGGUGUAAUCGUUCUUUAAUUCCCAAAGAUCCAAUAUAUUACUUUACACCUUGUCUCCUAAUGGUUUGUACGAGAGAACAAAAUAUAACUGCAGUUUGGAUUUUUUCAUCAUUCUUGCUGGAAAUGUUAUCAAAAUUGUAAGUGUCAAAGAUUUCUGGGAGAAAUCUCAAUUACAAGACGGCAUACAUGAUAUUUUUACUUGUCGCAAGACCAAAUCAUCUAUACAAUGAUGAAGUUCACUUGCUGUUUAUUAACUUGUUGGUUAAUGCUGUAUUCCUUUUUUUCAUUAUCUUUGAUUGGACUUGCUGCAAAUUUUUAAGCAGUUAAGUACUAAUUUAGCCUACAAUGAAAUAUAUGAUCAUGCCCAUUACGAUCUAAGCAUAUCAUCUGUGAUAAGAUAUAAUUAUUAGUGCAGACUUUGUCAGAUACUAAAGAAGGAAUUAAUAAGUAACACAGAUUAAAUUCUAAGCUGAUUUUCUAUUAUUUUAUAAAAAUUCAUUAUCUGAAAGCCCUUCAUGUAUCCCUAAAAAUGAUGAUAUCAUUUCAGCAAGAUCAUUCAAGAUGUUUGAUGAAUUUCACAGAUAAACCUUUUGUGUGUGUUACUGGGACACAGCUCAUUGUGGGUUGAUAUUUAUAGAUGUUGGUAGAAAUAUUUAUCUAGAUGAGUCAGCAAUUUUUGAAGGCUGAAAGUGCAAAUACAUACUAUACUAUUACUUCAAGCCAUAGGUAUCCAUACAUAUACACCUAUUUACCUCAGUAGUGGCGAAAUUUCUCCAGUUGUAUGCAGGAGACAUCAUGCCAUUAUUUAUUUUUCUUUUGUAUUCAUAUGCUUUCAUUUUGUUACUUAAGUUUGGUUCAGAUGUGAUGCAGCAAAUUGGCAACUGCAAUUAUGAUUUUGGGAAAACUUUGCAUUAUUUUGUGUACUUUAUUAUCAGUGAAUUGCCAUUUGGUCUACACUCACUUCGUCUACUUUCCAUUUGGUCUAAUCCUAGAUGUCUACCAUUUGGUCUAACAGCCAUUUAGCCCCUGUACCGUUUUAUCUUAUUUCCAGUUGGGCUCUUCCCAUUUGGUCUAAUAUCCACUUGGUCUCAUGCCACUUAUUUUAUUCAUGAUUAGAAGAAGUCUAUAUGAACUUAUUCUUCAUUAACAAAGUGCAAAAUAAUGAGCAGUUGGUGUGGAAAUUAGACCAUCUGGGCAUUAGACCAAAUGACAGUUGGACUAAGUGAGCAUUGGCCCAAGUGCAGUGUAGACUAAAUGGCAAUGGGACCAAUUUGAAAGUAGACCAAAUGGAUUUAGCCCAUGUGGUAUAAGAUAAGUAGACCAACUG